GUUACUGAUUCGAGUAGAAACACGACGGCGUCAGAAGGAUAAUAUGUACUAGCAAAGGAAGUUUGUUCUAGAUUUUUGUAAUUAAGUAUUUGAAUAAUUAAAAACUCAUAAAUAUUUAUACAAAAUACUGCGUAUGUUGUAUUGUUUAUGUGUACAGUAAGAUUUGUUUUAAUUUUUGUAUAUUAAAAGUAAUAUAUGUGAAGAAGUAUUAAAAAUUCUUUAUUGUGAACUCAAAAAAAUUUGUAUGCUCAGUGAAAAAUGUCUCAAGACGAUGACGUAGGAUUUUUAUACAAAACAAUGAUUGAAAGAGAUCCAAAGAAGAGGAGAGUCAAGCCUAUAGGAACAGCACCUCUGCUUGAUUUUGAUUUAGGUGAGAGUUCUGAUGAUAGCGAUUUUAGAAUUGAAGAUCAUUGUGAGGAAUCUGAUGAUGAUUCAGAAGACUCUAACGACAUUGGGAAAGAGGAAGAAGAUGCAUCUGAAGAAUCUGAUGAUUCUUUGGAUGAUCCACUACUCAAUAGGAAAGAGAAUCCUAAUUUGACAGUAGGGGAUGUAAUUGAACAAGCUCGUCAGCAAGCAUUAAAAGGGGGUCCUUUAGAAGACAAAUUAAAUAAAAUGUUAAUUUGUUGUGGUUGCUUAGGAGACAGAAGUGAUGAUAUUAAUGAAAUUGUUGAGUGUGAUGGAUGUGGUGUUAGUGUACAUGAAGGAUGUUACGGUGUAUCUGAUGUAGAAAGUUUUUCAAGUACUGAUUCUUUAUGUCAAUCAGCACCAUGGUUUUGUGAAGCUUGCAGUGCAGGCAUUGAGGAUCCUCCUUGUGAACUUUGUCCAAACAAAGGUGGAAUUUUUAAAGAGACUGAUGUAGGCAAAUGGGUCCAUUUAGUAUGUGCACUUUAUGUACCCGGUGUUGCUUUUGGAGAAGUAUGGAAGGUUGAUCGUUUAUCAAGUGUAACUCUUUUUGAAAUGGCAUAUAGUAAAUGGGGAGCAAAGCAGUGCUCUCUAUGCGAAGAUGCACGUUAUGCUCGUACUGGGGUAUGCAUAGAAUGUGAUGCAGGAAUGUGUCAUACGUAUUUUCAUGUUACGUGUGCACAAAGAGAAGGUUUAUUAUCCGAAGCUCAUAGCGAAGAAGUUGAUCAGGCUGAUCCAUUCUAUGCACACUGUAAACUUCAUUCCGAUAAAACUCUUGUUCGUAGACGUAGACGUAAUUGGUUAGCUUUACAGCUACGAGCACAAUACCGUCAACAGUUGUUGAAACAACCUAAUCACUUAGAUACUGAAGAACAGCGUAGAAUUCAAAGAAAAUUAGCAAAACAUAGGCAUAAAUAUUUAGCUCAUAAAGCGUCUCGACCACCACCAUGGGUACCAACUCAAAAAAUGCCUCGGUUAUUAACUACAUCUGCUUCAGCUUGUCGGCAACUAGCAAGGAAAGCAGAAUUAAUGGGUGUAGAUACAGCUGCAUUAGAAGCUCAGGAGGCACAACUUGUAGCUUUAGUUGAUGUUAGAAAAAAAUGGCAUAUACCUCCUGCUUUCAGUGUUGAGUUUAUCGGUUAUUAUCUAGAUCGUAACCUACGAGUAACGUCCAUGAAAAGGAGGUUGCAAGAACUCCUUGACGUUAAUUCGCAAUUAUUGAAUGAACAACAAAGGUUAGAUAGAAAGUAUGAUGAAGUAAUGAAAGACAACGAGGAACAAAUUCGCGUGAAUGUAACAUUAAAAGAGAAGAUUGAAAUGUAUCAUCAGGUUCUUCAAAAUAGCGGAUAUGGAAAAGCUUUACCACAAAUAGCUGACUUAUCAAAGCCAAGGAUAACACCAACUCUAGGUACAGGUUUAGGUGUACCGACUGCGGCUGCCUUAAAGAUGGGUGUAGGAUUUCCUUUACCAGUUGGUAAAGGAGCAGAAGGGAUACGUGAAGGUAGAGUGUUAAGUAGUCAAGCGCAAGAUCAAAAUCAUAAAGGCGAAUUGACAUUAAGGCAUCAAUGUGGAAUAUGCAGAAGGUCCACAAACCAGCAUCUCCUUGCAAAAUGCGAUACGUGUCAUCUUCAUUACCAUUUAUCUUGUCUUAGUCCACCUUUGUCACGUAUGCCUAAAAAAACGAAACUUAUGGGAUGGCAAUGUUCUGAAUGCGAUAAAGAAUCUUCUGGAUCAGAGAUAGAGCGUGUUGACACGUCGGCUCCGCGUAAAUUGAGGCAUUGUAAAGAUGAUUCUAACUUAACAUCAACACCAACCCCAACACCACCACAAGAGAUGCAAGUGCCUACAACACCAACAACGCCAAGCACUUCGAAAAAUUCUUCCGGUAGCCUUAGUAGUGUAACAAAUGUCACAGCUCCUGAUACACCUACGACGCCAAAAGUGACUAUAAAGCCAGUCGGUCCGCAACCUCCAUCUUCAACUCCUAUUCAAUCUGCAGAACCUGUAUACAAUCAGCAACCCAUUAAUAAUGUAACAAUAGCAACGAGGGAAGGAUCACCUGAGUACAUGGUAGCUUCGGCAGAUGGUACAGAAUCGGUUUCACAAAGGAGUGCAAAGAAAAGAAGAAGGGAGAAACAUAAAAGGUAUACUCCUGAUCCAAUUACGGGGGUGAAACAAAGAAAACGAAAACAUAAAAGGAAAAGUCUUGAUGUCGAAAAUCCAGAAGGUCAGAGCCAACCAGAAGUCCAUAGAAGAAUAACAAUAAAGAUAAAGCCAAUUCCAAGACCAGAGGGUGAAAUAGCUUCUGAAUCAAGCCCACAAAUGUUCGUUGCAACAUCUACUAGUACUGAAAUUACGUCUCCACCACUUCCAAAAUUACCACCCCCGCCUGCUCCACCUGUAGUUUCAACUCCUACGCCAAUUACUGCAAAUGCAACUGCCAAUAAUACAAGUAACAGGGCGUCUACGGGAAAUGGAAAGAGAGGAAAAGAUACAGACCUUUUAACUCAUUGCAAUGUCUGUGAUAUGCCUGGCACCAGUCAGAAUCUCGUCAUGUGUGAUGAAUGUAAAAAAUGCUACCACUUCACCUGUCUCGAUCCACCAGUUAAAAAAUCGCCCAAACGAAGAGGCUACUCGUGGCAUUGCGCAGACUGCGAUCCUAGUUAAGAGCUGUGUCAUCUUUAUUUAUUGAAUAAUCGAGUACAACGUUCCGUUUACGAAAUAUCGAAAGGCAAUUAGUUAUUAAUACGAAACAAAUUUUAAUCUCACUUUUAUAAGAAAAUGGGAUCAAUUCAUCGUAAAUGAUGGAUAAUACAACUACACUGAAUAUAAUUUUGAAGCAAGCCAAAGUAACAAAUUAGCUUAAAACUUAUUUAUGGAUAAUUUUAACUUUGGUCUGAAAUUGUCACUAGGAAUACAUUAAAGCUAAAUCAAUUCAAUAAAAGUAAGAAUCUGUAAUAGUAAAAAUAUUUCUUUUAUUUCAGGCCUCUGAAACUGAGACUUAAUAUCAACAAUUUUAUGUCUGCAGCUAUAAUUCUACGUUUAAAUAAAUUAAGACAUUGAAUGUCAUUAUGUUUUUUGUAAAAUAUACAGAAUAUAGAUAUAAUUUCUCCUCCAAUUAAACAAAGUUUCUUGCAAAUACAUACUGUAAAUUUUAUUUUUACAUCUGAAUUAGAACUUCUGUUUUCUGUUAAUAAAGUUUUCACUAUUUAUUUUCAA